GUGGGUGUGUUAAAAGCCGGUGAGGGGAUGAAGAGAGGCCAAAGAAGUGCCGGGGCUUCGGGCCGAAUGCCUUGAGCCCGGCCAGCCCUGGUUGUGCGCGCGUAUGUGUGUAUGCGCGCUAGGAGUUACAGGUCACCUCAGGAGGGCAAAGUGUAGGGCGGGGGACGCUGCUGCAGCUGCUGAGGGCCCUCAGAGAGGAGGAGGUGUUGCUCUUCAGUUAAAUGGUGAGGCUCGAUGUUUACAAUCGGUUCGUUUUUAUGGCUACGUGUAGAAAAAAAACCUCGGGUCGUCGCACACUGUACUCUGAACCGGGAAGUUGGGCGCGUUUGUGUGUAAACGAAUCGGAUCCGAAGCAAGAGCCGGGUGUUAACUGCAGGCUGAUUUUGGCGGGGACACCCCCUCCCCAAUGCACAACACCCACACACCCUGUAAAAAAACAACCACCACGGCUCAUCAAUGUGCGAAACAAAUAAACACGUGCGCACAUGUGUGACACCUUUAAAGGUUCGCUGAUUUAUUGUGCGAUUCAGCUGAUGUGGGCUACGUGCAGCAAGCAGCCCACUCAAUCAAGGCAAGAAGCAGUUAGGUUUUGCGCUGAGGCGGGCUCAUAAGCAAUGUUUAUGGCACCUGGAUGUUGGCUUCACGAAAGCUGCUGCCAUAAUAAACCCUCUUUAAGUUGUCCUGCAGAUCCAAUUUGCUUUAUUUAAAGACAUGUAGCAUGAUCCAGCCAGCUACAUCCAAGUUGGAUCACAGUUCAUGAAAGUGGUAUUCUGUAGCCCAUGUAAACUUACGCCACACCACAAUAAGUAUAUUACUUUCAAAUAUGUUAUAGAAGUGAGGCUCAGGUUUCUAUUGUAUUCUGGUGUUUAUAUUUGGUUUUAAUGCAUGUUUCACCUUACAAGUUACUUUAAGUCUCUUUUUUGAAAAAAUGCAACUAAAAGUGCCCCAAGACUUACUUCUGUGUAUAUGUGUUUGCUUUAAUAAGCUACCAUGUCUACUCUGGAAUUUGAGGAAAUAAAGUUUGUUUAAUCUGAAAUAGUUUCUCAUUUCCACAUGCAUCUGUCCAGGAGAAAGUAAUUGGGGUGGAAGUAUCUUUUUAAAUCCUAGAACUCUGAAAAGAAAGAAGCAUUAUGACUUUAGUCUUUAAUUCUGGGUGUCAUUUUUGAUAUCAUGGGUAUCCAUUCUCUAAGGUUGGCACUUGAAGAAAAGAUCUGUUUGUUGUUGAGUGCAUCCAAGCUUUCCCCCUAUAUACAAAGGGAUAGACACCUCUUACUCAAACUAUACUUUUUUGCAGAGUGCAUUUGCAAACUAACACUGGGGUUCUGGAACAACCAACGCCUCCUGGUUCCAUUUAUAAAUGUGAAAGGUUUUUUUAGGGGGGAGGAGGGAGGCAGAUGACUGCUUAACAAUUUCUUAACUUUCAUUUUUACCAGACAAUGGACAAAAUAUUUUGAUUGGUAUGAAUAUACCCUCUUGCACUUGAUUACUUUAAAAUAAGUUAGCCCAGUACAAGACAUCACUUUUUAUGUCUUCUGCCCCCAUAUCCUGGACUUCCUUUAAUGUCACAAAAUGCUUCUGCCUACUUUUUGUUACCUGACUUUGCAGUCACGGAUAACUUUACCUGAUUGUGUUCCUGUCAUUUAUGAUGCAGUUUCAAAAGCUCUAGUGUGUACACAUGGAAGGAAGAAUACCUGUGAUUACCUGUGUGAAUGGGAAGGUAUUCUGUUCCUUCUGGUGAAGGCAUGAAUGCUCUAUUUCCAUGACCAAAUCCCAUAGAAGCAGAUAAUUUGAUCCUAAGCAUGUCUGAAGUCUUCUGAUGCUGUCUUGAUCAGAAGCUUCCUUUUGAUAGAGCCAAAAGCAGUUCCUGGCACUUCAAUGGGAAAUGUGAUUGAGAAGCUUGGUUGUCAACUUCAAACUGUUUUAAGUUCUGGCACAUCUCUUUAUGAACAUGAAAUUGUAAGCUGCAUCUUGUUUUUCUUAAAGGGUAUUUAUAGCAGCUACAUUUGGGAGUUCUUCUCAUUUGGGUUGAGAUGAAACAUCACAUUUUGUCUGGAAAGUUUAAAGUAACUGUUGUUAACUGCUGCUCAACUAGAAAGCAUUCUUACCAGGAGCAGCCUGCAUUCCCUCUAUCUGUUAUGCACAUGUUAGAAUUGCAUAGUGUCCAAAUGAGUUGAGUGGAAGAAAGAUAUUAUAAAAUAAGAAAAGUUUGUUUCUCUGUACUGUACCUAAUUUCAGAGGAACAGUUUGCUUACUUAAUCAGGAACAUAAUUCACUGUGACUUGUGGGUUUACAUAAGAGAAUUCUUAGCAUUAAGUUCUUUCAGCAUCUUAAUUAACCAAACUUGCAGGAGAUUGAUGCCUCAAUCUGCUGUUCAUGGAGGCUAUCUCUAUUGAUUUCUAAGCAUAGUAUUUAUGAUUCUGUGUCAAAACACUUGUGUUUGUGUCAAAAGGAGAUCAAUUGUGAUUUUAACCCAGUAUCACUCUUAACAGAGGGUUUGGCUUAUUUUAAAACUUUUUAUUCAAAUAUAUUUUUUCCUGUGAAAAUGUGUCAUCUAGUUUUCUCAAAAAGGACACAGUAAAGAGUUGGAUCAUGUUGCUUUAGUUUGUAGGUUUCAUAAUCCUUGACCAGUCUUGCAGGUGGUUUGACUUUCAAAUGAAUUAAAUUGAUUGUUUAGACAGCGAGGUCAGCAAAACAGUACAGAAUGAGUUUUCUAUGUACCAGAGCAAGAACUGUUGUGCUGCUUUUACUGUCAAAGUGAGAGAGGACUUGGUACUGAACUCAAUUUAGGAGGCCUAUAAUCUGAUAUUUUUCCAUGAUGGAUAAAAAAUAUGCAGACCUAUUUUGAUGUAUUUUUACAUUUUUUGCGGGGGGAGUGUUUCUUUUUAGUUAUAGCAUUUACAUAAACUAGGGGUUGCAUCUAGUUCAUUAUGACCUAUUAUCUGACAGUUUCCUUUCACAAGUAAUAAUGGUUGUAGUCUGUCUGCAGCGCAUUUAAAGGAGGAUUUAGGGCAAUAUUAUUUUAAAUGUUAAUGUUAUCUAAUUUUGAAAUAUCCCUUAACUUUUAGCCAUAAAAGUUAUCUCCCACGGUCAUUUGGCAUUCAUUAUAUCUCAUGAUUUUCAAAAUCCAUAGUAUUCAGCAACAUCAGUGUCACGUACAAAGGGAUUUCAUUUUUAAGGUUAAAAAUCUAAAGGAAAAUUUAAUCACUGUUAGAUUGUUUUCAUGUUCAAAGAGUUAAGCAUGACUGUCUUGCUGUUAAAAUGAAACCAUGCAGCAUGCAAUAAUAGGAAACAUCCCUUUGUAGAAUAUGUGGCAUUUUGUAUGAUUCUUUUUAUAUUUCCUUAGUUCCCCUUUUCAGCCUUGCGGUGUACAGUAUCACUGUCACGCACAAUCUGGGUAAUAGUACUGAGGUGAUAUUAAUGUGACUCUUUAAAAUCAAACUAAUUAUAUCUGCCUGAAAGAGCCACAUUAGUGUGAUUCUUGCUCCCUAGUGCUUUUUUGGAGCCCUGGAGACAACCUAGUGAAUAGGGCUGAAAAUUCAUUCUGUAUUUGAUUAAAUGGAACAGACUCGCUGCUUCUUACCCCAGCAGGGGCUAUGAGAUCUCUUGAUCCCCGAAGCGGCUCGUAGACCCUGGGAAUUCCAUUAGCAAGCACCUGAGGAAUUUCUGCCCUGCAGUGCCUUUUUUGUAAUACGGGUGGGGGUGGGGAAAAUAGAAGAAGUAUAUCACUCUUGAUGAUGAGUGGGGGAGGCUACACCAGAAGAAUCUGUAUGUUGGCAGAUCUAAAAUCAAGGCAUGACUUAACAGCUUAUCUAGUGAGAGAAAAGCCCAACCCCAAAGAAUACGAAUAGUCAGACACUGAUGUUUAAAGAGAACUGUACUUUACUUAAGGCACUGAAAUUAGUUCAACCACCCUUAUUAUUGAAACCAUCACUUAUUUCUCAGUCUGAAGAAGCAAACCAUUAUCAGUGCAAGCACUUAGACUUGUGGAGUCGGCUCUUCAGUGAUUCUCAUUAAUCUGAAGCUCUUUGCCACAACACUUUCUAACUUGGCACUAUGCAUCCUGACCCUGGACCUUUACAAGAGCUACUUUUUCUUAUAGUUACCAUUUGCUUCUCAACUACAGCUUCAGACUUGAUUCCUCACUUUGUUUCUGAGCCACUUUCUACCAUCCAGAAACCUGGUGCAACUGUAAAGCUUCAUUGUACUGCUGAGCCCUCUACAGCUCAUGUAGCUUGGCUAUUCAAUGGCGAGACAUUACACAAGAAAGUGGAGCAAGUAGACUCACAGCCAGGAUACCUUACAAUCUUCUCCCUUAGCCCUUCAAAUUCUGGUGUAUACCAAUGCAUAGUCAAUAACAGCAUUGGUGUAAUUAUCAGCAGGCCUGCAACAGUAUCUAUUGCCUAUCUUGAUGAUUUUGAGACCUUAGUGAGGAACACAAUUGUUGUGGAAGAAGGGAAUACUGCUUUAAUCAGUUGCAAGCCACCAAAAAGUAGUCCAGAGGCACAUAUUCGUUUCCGUGUACGAGGGAAAUGGCUGGAACAAUCAACAGAAAACUACCUAAUUCUCCCAUCUGGAAAUCUGCAAAUUUUGAAUGUAUCUUCAGAUGACAAAGGAGUCUAUAAGUGUGCAGCAUAUAACCCAGUCACUGAUGAUCUUAAACAUGAACCCAAUGGACAUAAGCUCAUAAUCAGCAGCUCUUCCUCAGGCAACUUUCACAUUGUUCAUCCCGCCACUUCUCAGACUUUGGCAGUGCCUAAGCACAGUCCUUUGAUGUUGGAAUGUGUUGUUAGUGGGCUGUCUGUUUCUUAUGUCCAUUGGUAUAAGGAUGACCAAGAUGUACUCACUAAAGGCAGGUGGAGAAUGCUUCACUCUCAUCUUAUGAUAGACUCGAUUAAUACAUCAGAUGCUGGAAAUUACUCCUGUGUGGUGGAUAACAAGUCCGGAGUUGUGAAACAUGUAAACUACAGUAUAAACGUACUUGAAUCACCAUCAAUUUCAAAAGGAUUGCAAGAUCAGUUAGUGCCCCUGGGUAAAAAUAUACAUCUUUCCUGUGAAAUACAUGGAAACCCGACACCUAACCUCACCUGGUACCAUAAUGCAGCUCCUGUCCAUCUUUCUUCACGGCACUUACCUUCAGGAAACAAGCUGAGAAUUAAUGGUUUCACCAGAGAAGAUUCAGGGUUGUAUCAGUGUUUAGUCAACAAUGGCAUUGGAUUUGUGCAGUCUACUGGAAGACUUCAUUCCCAAGGAGACAGAGGCUUCAAGCCAACUAUAACCUCGCUGCCAGCAAACAGCAGAGUAGCAGAAGGUGACACAGUCACGCUGUCCUGCAAUGCCACUGGGUUGCCUCCGCCUGUAAUCCGUUGGUACAACAGUCAUGGGCUGAUUACCAGCCAUCCUUCACAGGUGCUUUAUUCAAAAUCACGGAAGUCAUCCUCCCAAGCAAGAACUGGCAACUCCAUUUCAGACAGAACCUACUUCAUCAUGUCUCGCAGUGGAUCAAGCUCCUUAUAUGUUCAGCCUGUUACAUCAGAGCAUGCUGGGAAAUAUACCUGUGAAGCAAUUAAUGAAUAUGGGACUGCUCGUUCCGAAGCUUUCCUUACCGUUGAUUCUUAUGAAACUAGUACAAAAGCAGAAGAAAUUGCUCCUGUGGAAAUUGCCCAGAGUGAUGAAGGAGAUGGAGAUUAUGAUUCAGAUACAGGCCUUCAAAGUUCAUCUCCAACAGAGAUUCUUACUGAAGAAGUUGCUACAGAAAAAACAUCCAGUGGCAUUUCUCCACCAGAAGCUCCAAUCAUUCUCAGUCCUCCACAGACUCUUAAACCAGAUCAGUACAAUCUGGUAUGGCGCCCUGGAAAAGAUGGUGGCCAGCCAAUUAAUGCCUAUUUUGUGAAAUACCGCAAGUUGGAUGAUAAUGUCAGUGUUACCAACUGGAAUACAGUUCGUGUCCCUGGAAGCGAAAAUGAACUUUCUCUCUCAGAACUGGAACCUUCCAGUCUCUAUGAAGUCUUGAUGGUAGCCAGAAACGUGGCCGGUGAAGGCCAGCCUUCCAUGCUUACUUUCCGUACUAGCAAAGAAAGAACCUCCUCCUCAAAAAAUACACAGGCUCCCUCUCAACCAGUUGGUAUUCCUAAGCACUCUGUCAUUCAAGAAGGGGCAACCAACAAUUUUGGAGUGGUCCUUCCAGAUUCAUCCCGACAUAGUGGAGUACCUGAGGCACCAGAUCGACCUACUAUUUCCACGGCAUCAGAGACUUCUGUUUAUGUCACUUGGAUCCCACGUGCAAAUGGUGGAUCACCCAUCACUGCCUUUAAAGUAGAAUAUAAACGCAUGAACAGGAACAGUGAGUGGCUGGUUGCAGCUGAUAACAUCUCCCCUUCCAAACUUUCGGUGGAAGUUGGCAGUUUGGAUCCAGGAGCUGCAUAUAAGUUUCGUGUGAUUGCUAUUAAUAACUACGGGGAGAGCCCACGAAGUUCUGCCUCUCGGCCUUAUCAGGUAGCUGGCUUUACCAAUCGGUUUUCCAACCGACCCGUCGCAGGACCUCACAUUGCUUAUACUGAGGCAGUCAGCGACACUCAGAUCAUGUUAAAGUGGACUUAUAUCACUUCGAGCAACAACAACACACCCAUCCAAGGAUUUUAUAUUUAUUACCGGCCAACAGAUAGUGACAAUGAUAGUGAUUACAAGAGGGAUGUUGUGGAAGGCACAAAGCAGUGGCACUUGAUAAGUCACCUGCAACCUGAAACAUCUUAUGAUAUUAAAAUGCAGUGCUACAAUGAAGGAGGUGAAAGUGACUACAGCAAUGUGAUGAUCUGUGAGACCAAAGUGAAGCGCACACCUGGAGCAUCAGAAUAUCCAGUGAAGGACCUUAGCACACCACCAAAUUCUCCUGAUCGUGGAGUUGGGAGUAAUGCUGGUCAACCAAAUGGUCCUGUCCGAAGCAGUGACAUGUUAUACCUGAUUGUGGGCUGUGUCCUUGGAGUGAUGGUGCUUAUUCUGAUAGCCUUCAUUGCUAUGUGCUUGUGGAAGAAUCGCCAGCAAAUUGCCAUGCAGAAGUAUGACCCUCCUGGUUACCUUUACCAACGUGCUGAUAUCAAUGGGCAAAUGCUUGAGUACACGACAUUACCAGGCACAAGUCGUAUCAAUGGCAGCAUACAUGGAAACUUUAUCAGUAAUGGAAACCAUAAUAAUGGUUGCCUUCACCUCCAUCACAAGGUUCCUAAUGGAACGAAUGGAAUCAUGAACGGUGCUGUAAAUGGAGGAACUGUUGUUUAUCCAAGGCACACUAACUCCCUGUCCAGAGCACACAUGGAAUAUGAACACACCCACCACCUCGGAAAUGGUGGUGGUGUAUACACAGCUAUGCCUCAGACAGACCCUUCAGAAUGCGCAAACUGCCGGAACUGUCGGAACAAUAACAGGUGCUUCACUAAAACCAGUGGCACUUUUGGAAGCAACCCUGCAGCUGUGAUGCCCAUCGUAGCACCUUAUCAGCAGGACAGUUUAGAAAUGAAACCUUUGAAUCAUAUGAUGGUUGCGAUGUGCUUAGCGUCCACAACCCCCGGAUGCAACGUUGAGGCAGAGGAAGACGGCAAGGAGAAAGUGGAUCCCCCAUCUCCUCGGGACUCUUGUGACCAAGAAAAUGUGAAUCCACUAAGUACAGAUUGUAUAGAAGAUCACAGUGCACAUUUGGAAACAUCAAAUCACAUGCUGAGCUGGAGUCCCCUUAUUCUCCAGCCUCUUUCAAAAGCCUGUAAUGAAAAGACAGAAGGGAUUUCAAAUGGCGUUACGUUGGACGGUUUGGGGAGUCUUCGACAGCUCCAAGUACAGGAGACUUAAGGAACUGACCUCCUUCCCCUCCCCACUUAAAGCCAGUAACUGCACAGCAGAGUCGCUGAAAGAGACUUACAACAGGAUGUUAAUUAUAAAAAAUGCUAUUUAUUUUUUGGUGUAGUGUCCUAUGAAUGUAUGUUUUUUUUUAAAAAAAAAAGCCUUUUGCCUUUUCAUUUUAUUUAUGUCUUGAGAAAUUCCUUCCCAUCCCUCCCAGCACGAUACCAUUGUGACUAUCUGAAGAUAUGUUGUCAUUACAGGAAACAUACUAAAAUGUUUUCCACGGACAUUGGAAAAAUACAGCUUCAUUAUAGUGCAAACAUUUAGGAGAAAUACUUAUUGGAUUGGUUCAGAUCCAAGUUAAUUUUCGGUUUAUAAUUUACAAUUUGGUGAUAUAACUCCACAGGAUGGUUCCGUGCAAAUGGAAACAGAAUGAACUGUUGUCUAUGAAAAUUUAAAUUCUUACAGCAUAUUAGUGAAUUGUUGCCACCUAACUCUAAACACCCUAAAGUGGAAAAUCAUGGAACUUUCAAUGGAAGUCUGGUUCUCAGUCAGUGCUAGCGAAAACUUGUUGGAAAAUAGCAGGACUGAAGAGAGGCUCAUUUAAGUGAAUGUAGUAGUUGAGGUGUGAAGUUCUUGCCAUACUCGUUCCAGAUAGUGAAAGGCACAACAUGGGCAACAAUUAAUGGUUGGCAGACACAUAUGUAACCCUUACUGCUGGGUGGAAGAGUUGAACAUGGGUAUUUUGCACUGGUGCCCCUUGUUGCCAUUCUAAAGCAUGUUGAUUUGUUUCCUGAUGUUCCUGUUAUGUGUCCUGUGCAUCAAGGAGAAUGUACAGGACACAUUUUCCUACUUGGGUUAGGUGAGCUUUUUUGAAAGGCUUUGUAGGAUGCUUGGGUUAAAAAAAGCAAGGGGAGAAUUUGAUGUCCGUGAUUUAGAAAAGCAAUCAAAAUUGUUCUGGAUUGGAAAUGGCUCCCUCCUAUCUUACUCCUCCCCCCCCCCCCAAGUGUGUUUCUGGAGUUUGCUUUAAAGGUGAAUAAGUUCAUACACAGUGCACAUUAAGAAAAACAGCUUAAAGAGGGAAACACCAGGAGGGAAAUGGCCAGAAUGGAGGAAGUUUAGAAUAGUUAAUCUGCAGUAAGAACUUUUAUAACCAUUGACUUUCACAAGAUGGAGCAAUAUUGAGGGAGGUUUGGGGACAAAAGUGCUAGUUGUUGGCAGUUAAGUUUAGCAACACAUUCUAUGAAAUAGGUCGUACAAACUCUCCCUUUGCCAGAAGUUGGUCCAGAAAAGGGUUCUGCUUUGGCUGCUUUAUAAAUACACUGGAGCAUUACACAAUCAAGCUUAGAAUGUAAGGCCUCUAGAACAUUUUGUUCACUUGGUUUAGGUACCAGCUUCAGACUCAAGUUCUUUGCCUUACACCUUUCCAUGGUUGCCAACUUGAAUAAAAUAUUUUUUUGGGUUGGGGGUGGAGCUUCCCAAAGAUUAUCGUGAUUAUUCUGUGUAUCUUCAUGGAACUUGGAUAAUGGGUGUAAAAGCAGGGCAGUCAGGGUUGGGGGUGAUGCAGCCUUGUUUCACUUCUUUUGGAGUACAAAAUAGCUGCUUCGCCCCGCAGCACCCAACACUAUUCAAUGGUUGUGUCAGACUUGCAGCCAAGUUGUACAAUUCCUGUAUAUGUAGCUUUAAGAAAGGUGCCUGUGCUUCAGAAAUAGCUGGGGGCACAAUGUGUACGUCACAAGACUAGCUGCAUAUUUCCACCUUCUCCCAGUCUUAACCAGCACAAAUAAAACAAACUUACACUUGUAAAACAGCUCCACGAAUUGGAGGCACAUAGCUUUAUAUUUGCAGUUGCCCCGCAGCAAUAUGAAUUCGUUUUCCUAGCUAGAUCCAGGACCUAGAAACGCCCUGUUUGAAGAAGGGGUGAGGUGGGGAAUAGAGGAAAGGGCAAAUGUGCUGAAUAGUAAUUGCAAGCCUCUUACAGAAGAGCAGAGGUGCUCAUCGGUGCAAUGUACCAUACUGAGUAACAUUUGUGUGUUUUGUGAGUGUGUGUGUGCGCGCGCGCGAUAAAAACAAGCUUUGUAUUUUUAUAUCUGUUGCAGCAAUUGUCAAAUGCUGUGUGUGUAUAUAGUGUGUGAUUAUUUUAUAUAAUAUAUGAUGUAUAUUAUAUAAUUUUAUAAAUAAGGCUCCCUAAUGAGAAUUUGCAGUGCUUACUUGGGUUGCUAUGCAAGGACCCCUUUCUUGGUAGGAAAUUAGAACAAGACUUGAUUCAAUUUAUAAUUAGGCCUACAGAACAUCUCUGCUGCCCAUCUCAAAACUAAACUAAUGGCUGGAGACUUCCGAGAAAUUACUUUUCAAGAAAUUUACUUAGAGGGGGAGUGACAACUAGUAAAUGAAGGUGACCUGGUGGAAGCAAAGUCCCAGCUGGUUUGGAGACAAUUAUUAUAUAUGCCUUUUCAAAAAGCAGGAAUGUCAGAGUACUUUUGAUGUGGGAAUUUAAGGGAUUCUGGCACCUCUGUCAUACGAGGCCACUUCAAUUCAAAAGAGUCUAGGCAAGUAACAUGAGCCUUUCGAUGUGGAACUGAGAAAGUCAUACUUGGAGGCUGGGAAAGAGUUUGUAAACUGUUGUAGUAGAAUCUCAUCAAGGACUGCUUUAUUUAUAUUGUGUGGCACUGUUUUAAGUGUUUUUCCUUUUUAUUGUAUUUUAUUUAUAAAAGUUAUAUAUUGCCUUUAUAUUUUAGGGGGAUUGUGAGUUUUCCCUCAAUCAUAGGUGUGUAAUUAUGAACCUUGCAAAGCAUAGACAAGUGGCCAAGUUCCUCUGAUCCACCUGCUCAUUCAGUUCCCCACUAUCAUAUUAGAUUCUGACUAGUGACUUCUGGUCAGGAAACUAAGAAAAUCUUGUUUUUGCUUCUACUGAUGGAUAGUAAUGUGCCUUCUUACUUGGUAUCCACUUAAGCUGUCACUGCCUUUUUCAAAUUCAUUAAGCACAAUAAAUUUGUGGGACUUUUUAAUGGCUCACAAAGCACUUUCAUGAGACUUACAGCAUCUGUCUUCACAGAGCUUUGGAACCAAAUAAGCAAGUAGAAGUCUAAACGCCACAUUCAUUCUCUUUUUUUUAUUUAAUAUAAUUUUUAUUGAAUUUUUAUACAAACAAGACAUACAUUCAUUCUCAUGCUUUUAGUGUUUAGCAUAUUUUCCCUGAAUAUUUCUCAUAUACAAAAUUCAUGAUCAGAAUAUAUUACUGCUGCAGAUGAAAUUCUGCAUGUCUGUCAUCAGUAGUUUGGCAUCUGACACGUGUCCUCAUGGAAAGAUGCAGAAAGAAAAAGCACAGUUUUGGGUUGCAAUAGGUUAGAUGUUCUCCUUUUGUUCAUCCUUAAGGUCUCUGACUCAUUAGAAGGGCUUCUGACUUCAGUGGUACCUCUACUUACGAAUUCAAUGCGUUCCGAAUGCACAUUUGUAAGUAGAAAAAAUUGUAAGUCGAAUCCCAUAGGAAUGCAUUGGGAGAAAAAAUUCGUAAGUCGAAGCAACCCUAUCUAAAAAUUCGUAAGUAGAAAAAAUCCUACCUAAACCACAUCCAAGAUGGCGGACGGAGCUCCAUUCGUAAGUAGAAACAUUCGUAAGUAGAGUUAUUCGUAAGUAGAGGUACCACUGUAUUUUAAAAUGGCAAGAACUGAUGCAGUGAUAUAUUAUUAUACCACAGCUAUCCAUGUUAUGCAUGGCAUUAGCAGGUAUGUAAGUCCAAGCACAAAAUUGGCAAGUCCCACUGAAAUCUGUCCUCCUUACUUCAAUAUAAGGAGCCAGUGCUGGGCUACCACUUCAGCUUUGACAAGUUUUUUUUUGAACAGCUUUCUUGGUGGCAUAUGUCCUGCCUAUGGAACUGAAGCAUUUCCCAACCCGGUGCCCUCUGUAUGUUGCUGGAUGACAAUUUCCAUAAUCCUGAAACAUUGGUCA